CCGGCGCUGGGAUUCUGGAGACCCGCGGCUCCGGCGGCGCGAGACCAUGGGCGCUCGGCUGAGCGGCGGUCAGGGCGCCCCGGAGCAGGUGCAGCCCCAGCCCCAACCUCAACCCCAACCCCAACCCCAGCCCGGGGCGCCCGAGGCCCCUGAGCGGCCCCAGCCUGAACCUGGUCCCUGGGGGCCGCUGGACGAUGUUCGCUUCCUCAUCGCCUGCACCUCCUGGUACUGACAAGCCGCCCUCCGCAGUUACUGCUCGCCGCCAACUGUCGUUCUGUCCGCCUCACCUGGUUCGUCUCUUGUGGUCUCUUUCCAUCCCCGGUGCCCAGGAGACGCUCGGAGAGUCGGGGAGGUCACGGAGGACCAUGAAUGGGGCACCGGCUCGCCUCUAGCUGCUCCUUGUUCGCCUCUCAGCCUGCACCCAAACCAGCUCAAACCUUCGUGCUCACCCCCACCCCGUAGCUUCUUAAGCGGUCUGGGUCCUGGGGCAGCCCUCCCCGGCCCUGGGUUCCAAAACCAUGCCAGGACUCCUGGUAAGACCCCAAGACUGCUGACCUGACCUCCUCUCGUCUGUCCCUUAUUGCUGAGAACCGGGCUUUUGCUUUAGUCUUUGGUUAUGGCGCCAUGUGUCUUGGCUUCAGAGAAGACCUAGCCAUGGUAACCCUCCCCAUACUCCUCCUAAGAGAGGUUGCUCUGUCAUCCUGGAUCUCAGUGAGGCAUAAGCAGGCUGUGUUCCAGGAACCCCAGUAACACUGGGCCUCCAGGGCCAGCCUUUUGGAGAGAGGAGACGUGAUUGCUGGGCUGGGAGAUGAGAUGCAUGGGACAGUUCCCAGACACCCCAAAGCCCCUUGUUCCCCUUCUCCCAGAAGCUUCUGAAGGCCACUCCCAGAACCUGAUUCUUGUUCCCAUAAUCCAGGGAAACAACACACUCUGUAUUUUUGUUUUAUUUAGAAAUGAUUUAAAAAACAUUAUACAAAGGCUGAUCAGUUUAAAAUGUGACCGACACUGAAAUGCUGUGAUGUUCCCCAGGCCGAGGGAAGCUGGGCUCUGGGGUCCCCAGUGCUGUGCCCCUCUGUCUGCCCGCCCUGUCCUGGGGUGAUGGACAAACAGAUGACCACCAGACAGGAGAAUCCGAGAUUGGAAGCCUCCAGGCUGAGCCCUCUCCGGGCCUGGCCCUGUAUCCCUCACAUCUGCAGCCUGUGCUGGCCUCCAUCUCUUGCUCUUUCUCAGCUGGCCUCGGUAGUCCCAGGAGCCAGUAGGGAGCCUGGGGAGCCUAGAGCUUUCAAGAAGUGAGAGCACCAACCUGAGGAGUGGAGAGGGACCUAGAAGGGGAGAAGGGAGGCCAGGAAGAGAUGGAUAAAAGAGACCCUUCUGAUCUCAUCUUGGACCCUAGAGGUGUCCAUAGGUGGGGACCCAAGGCCCAGCCAGCCCACCCGAUGGCCUGGGCAAGAAACAACCUCUCUGUGCUUCAUUGGAGGGCACGGUGAAAGGUACCUUAGGCUUCCCAGGGCCUACACAAGUUUCAUGUGAGUGGACAGGUAUGAGCUAAUAAAGUGCUUUGCAAA